AUGGCCUCCUCCUCCUCCUCGGCCCUCCCUCUAAUCUCCCUCCUCCUCCUCGCGUUGCUGCUCCUCUCCGCCCCCUCGCCGUCCGCCGCCGCCGAGCUCUCCUUCCUCACCGCUUCCUCCAACGGCUCCGCCUCCAUCUCCGCCGACGCGGAGCUGGAGGACCCAGCCCCGGAACCCACCUUCCUCGAGGAGGUCAUCGACGCCGUCUCGGAGAAGUACGACUGGGACCCGGACGCCGAGGUCAGGGUCUGGCCGCUCGACGCCGACGCCGUCCGCGUCGGCGCCGUGCAGCGGUACGAGUUCCGGGCGCGGGCGGGCGGGUCGGCGGCGCUGGCGCGGUUCUCCGACGAUGCCGUGCAGUGGAGACGCCCCUCCGCGCCGGCCGUCGAGGAGGUGGACGGGCCGGACGGGGUCGACGUCGUCCCCGCCGAAGGAGCGUUCGGGUUCGACACCGGCGUGAGGGACGUGGAGCUGGUUGGGCCGCUGGAAUUGAAACUUGCUGGCAACGAGGACGGUGGCCUCGUCGAGCUCCAGCUACCAUCGGGGAAUGCCACAUAUACAAGGCUUAAGAGGAUAUUUGUUGCGGAUGGCAUUGCAUUAAAGGUCAUUGGUGCACAGAAAGUUUCCGUAACCCACCCUCACAGUAUAGGUCUUUUAUCAAAUGGAAGUUUGUUGACUAGUAACAACGACCUAAGCCAAAUAUGGCCUUUGAGCUACUCAACCUGUGCCCCAUUACUUCAAGUGGGUGUUGUAGGAUCAGUCGUAAUUGUCGUGCAUCAAACAAGUGUAUCUGGAGGCCAUGUGAAGACUUUCUUAAGGUCACAUGAUACUAUAGAGUUAUUGUCAGACAAGUGUAAAGUCAACAUAGCAAAUCGGUUGAUCUCAGAGUUUUUGUUCUCCUCAAUUAGCCCGAGACUGAUAAAGCUUGAGAAGAUCUUGAAGACUUGGUUUAGCAAAAGAAACCACGAGAAUAGCUCAAUGCACUUCAUUGAAGCUAAAGUGACAUCAAUACCUUUGGUGAAAUUCCGUUUGGAGUUUGAAAGGGACAUCACUGAAGAGGAUCCCAUCUGGGAAGAUGUUCCAGAGUGGAAAACGAAACCCAUGGUCCAGCGAGUCCCAGUUGACAUUAUAGCCAGAGUGGAAGAUGAUGAUAGGUUGAAGGCUAUUUCGGUGAAGAAGGUUAGAAGGCAGUUUCCAGUAGUGGACACCACUACUUGGGGCAGCCUUGCUUCAAAUAUUUCUUUCACAAAGUUUCUGUCAUUCAUUUUGCCACCAGAACCGCUGUCGCUGGAUGUGAAGUGGUAA